CGGCCCGCCGCCGCCGCCGCCGCCAUCAUGGUGCGGAAGCUCAAGUUCCACGAGCAGAAGCUGCUGAAGCAGGUCGACUUCCUGAACUGGGAGGUGACCGACCACAACCUGCACGAGGUGCGCGUGCUGCGGCGGUACCGGCUGCAGCGGCGCGAGGAGUACACGCGCUACAACCAGCUGAGCCGCGCCGUGCGCGAGCUGGCGCGGCGGCUGCGCGACCUGCCCGAGCGCGACCCGUUCCGCGCACGCGCGUCGGCCGCGCUGCUGGACAAGCUGUACGCGCUGGGCCUGGUGCCCACGCGCGGCUCGCUGCAGCUCUGCGACGCCGUCACCGCCUCCGCCUUCUGCCGCCGCCGCCUGCCCACCGUGCUGCUCAAGCUGCGCAUGGCCCAGCACCUGCAGGCCGCCGUGGCCUUCGUGGAGCAGGGCCACGUCCGCGUGGGCCCCGAGGUGGUCACCGACCCCGCCUUCCUCGUCACCCGCAGCAUGGAGGACUUUGUCACCUGGGUCGACUCCUCCAAGAUCAAGCGGCACGUGCUGGAGUACAACGAGGAGCGCGACGACUUCGAUCUGGACGCCUGAGCGGGCCGGCGGCGUGGGGCCUCCCUCUCGGCACAGCUGUCCUUGACCGACGGGGAAACUGAGGCCGGGGACAGAGCCUGCCCUUCCUGAGUGUGUGUUAGUGGAUGGCCGCUCCUCAACUUCAAGGCACCAGACCUCAAGUCAAGGACUCAGGGGUAGGGAGUCUCCUCUUCGUUUCCCAUGAAAUCUGCUUAGGACUUGGACGACUAGGUUAAAAUGACUGCCCUUUGGGAGACACUGCAGUACAAGGUGGACUUUUGUACUGCAAGGUGGACUUGUUUAAGCUUCUUGGGUCCAAAAUGUUGGUGUAAAAAGCUUUUGUUCCAACUGUGUUUGGGGCUCAGGUUUCCAUAAAAUAGGUGUGAGUGAUACUCCGUGUCCUCUCCCUCUUAUGAAGCAGUGUUAUUUCCCCCCCAGUAUCAAUAAAUGGCCCAUACCUCUGUG